CACAGAAGAUCAAUACAGUCGGUAUGUCGGACGACGCAACUCAACCCCAGUCCAGUUUCUACAGUGUUGUAUCCAGUUCCUUUGCCAAAUUUACACAUUUCAUCGAUAAAAACAUCAGGGUUAUACAGUAUGGUGUUUAUUGCACUGGAGUUGUGGGAUUAGUGAUUUGUCUUCGUAGCGUGCGGGCGUUCAGCAAGUUUAACUGCAUCCAAGACAUACCGCAAGAGUUCAUAACCAAACACAUUCGUCUUCACGGGCACGUGAAAUGGGUGGGAGUGUCACCUCCAGUGGGCGCAGAGGCUUCCUCCUGUAGUGCGCCGCCCCUGCUUCCCUUACCUGGGAAUGUCACAGCUGGCAGAGGUAUCAGGGACUCAAAUACACCUUCAUCACAAAGCAAUCAUUUGACAUCAUCUGUUGUUGAAGAGUUACCAAAUGCUGAUAACAGGAAUGGGAAUGAAAAUGUGCACCACGAAAGAGCCAAGAGUUUGCGUGAGGAUGACUAUGCAUUGGAAACGGCCACACUGCCACGACCUCGGCUUUGCAGCAUCGAUCCUGAAGUCACCAGGAUCGAAUGCGAUGAAGACCUUUUCCCAGUGUACUUGCAGGUGGAUCAUAUUCCAGUUUUUCAGUUUUCAAGAAAGAAAGAACCGUCGCUUCUCCCAUUACAGUUGGCUGAUGUUGAGGUUAGUGACGGCGGGUUUCAUCAACUGAAAAGAGAGCUGAUGGAGCAGAGAGUUUGGUUUACCAUCGUGUCUCAUGACCAGCAGAGCGACCUCCUGAACGCUUGGGUCAGGCCCGCUAAGUUGUUUCAUAGAAGUGUCAAUGGACGUCUUCUAAGGACUGGGCUCGCCCUGACAGCUCCGAUGGACAUGAACCUAUUUGACGACCGUCAGUACGUAAAACAAUACAUGAACUUUCUGAAGGCCCAGGAGUACGCACAGGCAAAGCAAGUUGGGUUAUGGAGGCCAGCCCCGAAACCUUCAUCUUUCGCCUCCAAUAUGAUCUUGAAGAGGGUCCUAUCAAAGUUCAGAGCUUUGUUAGGGAGAAAGCAAUAUUGAUGUCUAGAUAUGUAUAAAAUUGGAUCAGAAGUGUAAAAACCAUCCUAGUAGAUUCUGUUACAUCUGCGGACAUGCGGUUCUUCCAGACUGUCAAGAAAAAAUCACGGAUUUUGUGAGGAAGGCAUAUCAAGCUUGCUUUGGAGUCAGACUAGGGGACCAGGAUAGGCCAUUCGCUCCCCAUAUCUGCUGGAAAACAUGUGUGUAGGUGAUUACAUAAUAAAAAUAUGGAAUGUUACUCCAUAUAUAUAAAAAACUAAAACUAAAGAGGUCAACCAGAUUGCUUGCAGGAAUGUGAUCAGACCAGAGACGCUAAGAUGACGUAUACAAUAAAGUAGGCCAUCACCUGUGGUCAUUCAUUUGUUUUGAAAACAUUAGUCCAAGCUCCCUGCUUGAGACAACUACCGCGACCUAUAAUUCAAACAGCCUACGUGAUUAGUAAUGUGUCUCAUUUUGUAUGUAUGUUCGUAUGUUCGAGCUACUGUCUGCUUCCUUUAUGACUUGUAACCGAGAUGGUAGACAAGACAGAACAGAAUUAGCCAUCAUCGUUGGCAGAAGCGAUCAAGCCAUCGUCAUUAGAAGACCUGUACAAUCCUACCUGAUCUUCACCAUGUUAUCUCAGAGAAUAUAAGUAUUUUUUAUA